UAUUUAAAACUUGAUGCGUGUAUUUUGAUAUGUCUUUAUAUAUAUAAUCAACAGUAUUGCGAGGGUUUGUUUGAGCCGCUGGCGUGCAGAGGGCGCGGUAUAUUUACAUCAUUUUAAAACUACGUUGUUGCGACAUGGGGGCGGAAAAGUGAUAUAUUUUUAAUUUUAUAAAUCUUUUCGAAAACACCAACCAUUUUCAGAAUAAGCUUUUCAACAUUUCAGUUAUACCCUGUAACGUUUUUAAAACGUUUUCUGUUGGUUUCUUAGAGUGAAUAACAGUGGGCCUAGUACAGUCGUAGUUGUCCUACCCAAAAGGCAGUAUGGCCUUCUAGUCGGACUGCAUUGGCACAAAAAGCCACUAUUUUAUAUACUGUUUAAUUUUUCACCGUAUUAAUGGUAUACAUAUUUGAAAUAAUAAUGUCAUCAGCAAAAAAAAAGCGAGAUUACGAGCGAAACCAUGUGUGACAGACGUUACAAAUACAUAACCUAGUUUUCCGAACUGAAAUUGGAAACUGUUGGAAGCUGUUGCUAACAACGCCAAAAUUGUAACCUAAUGAGAAGAUCUUGAUUAAUUAGCACUGUGACCGACGUUACUCAGAAAACCAGAGGGUCAGUAUUUCAAAAGGUUCGAGGUUUGCACUAGUGUAAAUGUAUUGGAAUGUAGUGGAAAUCUCAUUGUUUUUCAGGCAACCAUGUCGAAGGGAGAGACGGAGGAGCUGAUCGAGAUUGAGAUAGAUGGACAGGAGAAGCAGGAGUGCAUGGAAGAGGGGAUUGUGGAGCAGACAAUCACAACAGCUGAAUUUGUCACCCAGGCCAUCGACAUUAAUGAACCAAUCGGGAACCUCAAAAAACUGCUGGAGCCCCGCCUCCAGUGCUCGCUGGAAGGCCAUGAGAUUUGUCUGCAAGAUAUUCAGCUGGACCCUGACCACAGCCUAUUUGACCAAGGAGUGAAGACUGAUGGGACUGUCCAGCUCAGUGUGCAGGUCAUCUCCAGACAAGGCGUGGAGCCCAAGCUGAAUAUCUUGGAGAUCGUGAAGCCGGUGGAGACGGUGGAGGUUGUGAUUGACCCGGACGCACACUCGGGGGUGGUGGAAGAGGAUCAGCUGGUAGAGGAGGGUCAGGUCAUCACCCUGGAUGGCAACAAACACAUAGUGGGGGGCAUCAUCGCUGAUGAGACCUCUGAGCAGGUCACACGCUGGGCCGCUGCCCUUGAGGGCUACCGCAAAGAACAGGUCCGGCUGGGCAUCCCCUACGACCCAGUGCAGUGGACAGCAGACCAGGUGAUCCACUGGGCGGUGUGGGUGAUGAAGGAGUUCAGCAUGGUGGACGUGGAUGUAGCCAGUAUCCACAUCCCCGGUAGAGAGCUCUGCGGAUUCACACAAGAGGACUUCUUGCAGCGUGUACCCCACGGAGAGAUCCUCUGGAGCCACCUGGAGCUGCUGCGGAAGUACGUGCUGGCUAGCCAGGAUCAAAGUGGACAAAUCGCCACUGUCACCAUCGAUCAGCCUGUUCAGAUCAUCCCAGCCACAGUCCAGCAGACCACCCCCACUGCCAUCAAAGUGCUGAAUAACACAGGCAAGCAGAGCAAGGUGCAGCGAGCCCCCAGGAUAUCUGGGGGAGAGGACCGCAGCUCUCCGGGCAACAGGACAGGUAAUAAUGGUCAGAUCCAGUUGUGGCAGUUCUUGCUGGAACUCCUCACUGACAAGGACGCUCGAGACUGCAUCUCCUGGGUGGGUGACGACGGAGAGUUCAAACUGAACCAGCCCGAGCUGGUGGCACACAAGUGGGGCCAGCGCAAGAACAAGCCCACCAUGAACUACGAGAAGCUCAGCCGCGCCCUCAGGUAUUACUACGAUGGAGAUAUGAUCUGCAAGGUUCAAGGAAAGCGCUUUGUUUACAAGUUUGUGUGUGACCUAAAGACGCUGAUCGGCUACAGCGCGGGGGAGCUCAACCACCUGGUGACGGAGUGUGAGCAGAAGAAGCUGGCGCGCAUGCAGCUUCACGGCCUGAGCCAGCCUGUCACCACCGUCACCCUCGCCACCAUGCAGGGGGACAAGGACAGCAGCUGAAGGGGCUGAGGGGACAGCCUGGGGGGAGGGGGAAGGGAAAAGGAAAGGGGAGGGGGAGCAUGGAGUGGCAGAGGAAAACUAACAAAAAGCAUUGUUCCUGGACUGCUGGACAUCUUUCUCUGAGACCAAUAUUAAAGCUGUUUGACUCUUAAACAACCCCAGUAACCAAAUAGGAAAUAUAGAAGGCAUACAAGGAAAGGCGCCUAGGCACACUGUUUUCCCUCUGAUGAACCAAACAUUUAAAGAUGUAUUUUUAAAUGAAGACCUUUUUUGACCCUUAAAACAAUUUGGUUAUAUUUUACACAGUAGACUUAAUCUACAGUUUGAUUUAGACACACUAUUGUGUAGGGGGCCACAUGGUGCAGGGAGUAAUACUAUGAGCCAGCUGAUCCGGUCUAGUGAAAGUGGUCUUUUGUGAAGCUUCUGUACUAACAAUGUGACUGCACCCUGGAGACGGAGACUUGGUUGUAUGCAGCUGGCCUACUACACUGUACUGAGACAUCACGGGUACAGAAAAAAUAUGUGCUCAUGCACAAAGUCAAAAGCAAGUAUUUUAGUCUCCAAAUAAUCAGAAUUCCAAGCUUGUUUUAAUAUUUUAAAGGGGAUCAGGUAUUAAGUCUGGUAUAAAAAUCAUUGAUUCAAUGCAUCCUUAUUACUGUUAAAAAAUUUCAACAACCAAAGAUAAUUGUAGUAGGGAGACCUGACCGUCAUACAAAAGUGGAGUUUUUUCAAGUGGUCAGUGUUAUGCUGAAUGUAAGACUAUGUUAACACACCUUUUUUUUUUUUUUUUAGCAGAACUUGCUAGAAAUGUGUGUCAAUAAUAUAUAUACUUUUUCUGUUUUUGAAAGGUUAUUUUAUUUUGUGGGUUCAGAAAAAUGGUCAGCAGAUCAGGAAAAAUGUUUGUGAGUGUCCCUAUUGGUGUGUCAGAGUGAGAGGUGAGAGUUUUGUUUGUCUGUGUAUGAAUGUGUGUGUGUGUAGGGUUUAGCAUAAUCCUGCCAUCAUGUCCCGAUGGCAGGGCGCUAUAUAGUUUGCACACACAUGUGGUCUCAUCAGGGUGUGCAACCAGUUUAGGAGUCACUCCAGUUGACUGAUCUUGUUUGCUUUUGCAUAUGUACAACCUUAGCAUUUACAUUGUAUAUAAUUACGUUUUGAUAGCCAUAUUCCCAUUGUAUUCUGUUCUGUUUUAUACAGUAAAGCUUGAUGAAUUUCUGCUUUUGUUUAAUUUGAUUUCCUUGUGUUGAAAUCGGACAUGUAAUCGAGUAAAAACAUUUUUAAUAAAAUGGGGUUUCUGUGUU